GAGAGGAAGACUUGCUUGAGGGACGUCAGGCCUUUGUAGAGGAGGAGGCUGGAGGAAGAUGGCGGGGUCCAAGGUGAAGCAGGACAUGGCUCCUCCGGGAGGCUAUGCCCCCUUUGAUUAUAAAAGAAAUCUGCCAAAACGAGGACUUUCGGGGUACAGCAUGUUUGGCAUUGGAAUCGGCAUCAUGAUGUUUGGCUAUUGGAGGCUUUUUAAAUGGAACAGAGAAAGGAGACGCUUACAGAUUGAGGAACUGGAGGCCAGAAUAGCACUUAUGCCUCUGCUACAGGCCGAGCACGACCGAAGGACUCUAAGGAUGCUGAGGGAAAAUCUAGAAGAGGAAGCAGUCAUCAUGAAAGAUGUUCCCGGGUGGAAGGUCGGUGAGAGUGUCUUCCACACAGAUCGCUGGGCCACCCCUAUGUUAGAUGAACUGUUCAACCUCCGGCCCCAUGAAGAGCUUAUACAUAAGCGUUUUGGCUUCUUGUGGUACUUGUAAACACCAUUGUGACAAACUGUGUCCGGAGCUCUAUUACCUUCCACACCCAGAACCAUGUGGACCUGAGCCCUUGCUCACUUCAGCUUGUAAAUGUUCAAUAUUAAAGUAUCUUUUUUUUCUGUACCUGCA